AUAUCUUCUCAUUUUCUUUCUCUCAAACUUGAUUAUCUAUUCUACCUAGUGGGAAGAAAAGGUGUGCAUUUAUUCUUUAAUCUUAAUUAACAAAAAGAAGAAAAUGUGUGCAUUUAGGGAGAGGAGUAUCUGACAUUACUGGUAUUAGUCUAUUGACUAAAUGGAGACUAAUAGGAUGAGACAGUGGCUAAUAAGAAUAAAGUUUUAUCUAACGUCGCUGUGAUAUAGCCAUUGAAUUGAUUAUACAGUAGGAAAACGACCCCACCAGUUUCCAAGAAUAAAUGACGUUAUUUAGAAAUUAUAAAUACGUAAAUGAUGACGUGGAGAUUUAUUAUUGGUUAAAAUGAAAGGCUGCAAAAAAGGAAAGGUCUACCUACAGAAACUUGGCGCCUGCCUUGUAGCCGUUGCUUUCCCCUCCGGCGUUUUCUCUCUCUAGUCGUCUGUCGUCGCCGGAGACCCGUUGAAGCGGCGAAUAAAGAUGAUUGCUUUGACUACUGUUCCUCGAUCGCAUCUGAAGCUGUUUUGAGUAUUUGGUCCUCUGCUUCUUCUCUCUUCCUCUGUCUCUCGUCAGAUUGUUAAAGGAAGAUGUCUCAAAGAAGGGAAACCAAUCCGCCUCCGCCGCAGAGGCGGAUUCUGCGGACUCAUACUGUCGGUAGUCUCGGAGAGGCUAUGCUUGAUAGUGAAGUGGUUCCAUCUUCUUUAGUGGAGAUUGCUCCGAUUCUCCGUGUGGCUAAUGAAGUUGAAGCUAGUAAUCCACGAGUUGCCUACCUCUGUCGUUUUUACGCAUUUGAGAAGGCGCAUAGGCUUGAUCCAACAUCAAGUGGACGUGGUGUUCGUCAGUUUAAGACCGCGCUUCUUCAACGAUUAGAAAGGGAGAAUGAAACAACUUUGGCAGGAAGGCAAAAGAGUGAUGCGCGUGAAAUGCAGAGUUUCUAUCAACACUACUACAAGAAAUACAUCCAGGCUUUGCUAAAUGCUGCUGACAAAGCUGACCGUGCUCAACUUACAAAGGCCUAUCAAACUGCUGCCGUUCUCUUUGAAGUCUUGAAGGCUGUUAAUCAGACCGAAGAUGUGCCACUGCCUAUACAGAUUUUGCAACAGCACAAUAAGGUGGAGGAGAAAACACAGAUUUACAAGCCUUACAAUUUACUUCCGCUCGACCCUGAUAGUCAGAAUCAGGCUAUAAUGAGAUUGCCUGAGAUACAAGCCGCUGUGGUGGCUCUUAGAAACAUAAGGGGAUUACCAUGGGCAGCAGGUCACAAGAAGAAAAUCGACGAAGACAUUCUAGACUGGCUUCAGUCUAUGUUUGGUUUUCAGGAAGAUAAUGUUUCGAAUCAAAGAGAGCACUUGAUCUUGUUACUUGCUAAUGUCCACAUCCGACAAUUUCCAAGACCUGAACAAGAACCAAAGUUGGAUGAUCGCGCCUUGACCAUUGUGAUGAAGAAGCUUUUCAGAAACUACAAAAAAUGGUGCAAGUAUUUGGGUCGGAAAAGCAGCCUUUGGUUGCCGACUAUUCAACAAGAAGUACAGCAACGUAAAUUGCUUUACAUGGGACUUUAUCUGUUAAUUUGGGGAGAAGCUGCAAACCUGAGAUUCAUGCCGGAAUGCCUUUGUUAUAUAUAUCACCAUAUGGCUUUCGAGUUGUAUGGUAUGUUGGCUGGUAGUGUUAGUGAAAUGACAGGGGAGCAUGUAAAGCCAGCUUAUGGUGGUGACCAUGAAGCUUUCCUGCAGAAAGUAGUGACGCCUAUAUACAAGACAAUAGCAAAGGAAGCAAAGAGAAGUAGAGAAGGAAAGUCGAAGCAUUCUGUGUGGAGAAACUAUGAUGACUUGAAUGAAUACUUUUGGUCUAUUCGAUGUUUUCGCUUGGGGUGGCCUAUGCGAGCUGAUGCUGAUUUCUUUUGUCAGACAGCUGAAGAAAUCCGAGUUGAGAAAACUGAGGUGAAAUCAAAUAAUGGAGAUCGGUGGAUGGGCAAAGUCAAUUUUGUUGAGAUACGCUCCUUCUGGCAUAUAUUUAGAAGUUUCGAUAGAAUGUGGAGUUUCUACAUCCUGUGUUUGCAGGCAAUGAUCGUUAUUGCAUGGAAUGGAUCCGGAGAGUUGAGCGCCAUCUUUCAGGGAAAUGUCUUCCUAAAGGUUUUGAGCGUCUUCAUUACGGCAGCUAUACUAAAGCUUGUACAAGCUGUCCUUGACAUAUCCCUGAGCUGGAAGGCAAGACAUAGCAUGUCAUUCCAUGUGAAACUCAGAUAUCUUUUGAAGGCUGGUGCGGCUGCAGGAUGGGUUGUAGUCAUGCCGGUUGCUUACGCGUACAGCUGGAAAGACGCAUCUGGUUUUGCUCAGACCAUUAAGGGUUGGUUUGGGGGACACAGCCAUAGUUCACCUUCUCUUUUCAUUGUGGCGAUUCUCAUCUACUUAUCCCCGAACAUGCUUUCCGGGUUGCUGUUUUUGUUCCCGUUCAUUCGACGUUACCUUGAAAGGUCUGACUUUAAGAUAAUGAUGCUGAUGAUGUGGUGGUCUCAGCCUCGGCUGUAUAUAGGAAGGGGUAUGCAUGAGAGCGCAUUGUCACUUUUCAAGUACACGAUGUUCUGGGUUGUUCUGCUGAUCUCAAAGCUGGCAUUCAGUUACUACGCUGAGAUUAAGCCCCUUGUUGGUCCAACUAAAGAUAUAAUGCGAAUCCAUAUAUCCGUCUACAGCUGGCAUGAGUUUUUCCCUCAUGCCAAGAAUAAUUUAGGGGUUGUCAUUGCGCUCUGGUCACCAGUUAUUCUCGUUUAUUUCAUGGACACUCAAAUAUGGUAUGCUAUAGUUUCAACUCUGGUUGGAGGUUUAAAUGGAGCUUUCCGCCGUCUUGGAGAGAUCCGAACACUUGGAAUGUUGAGGUCAAGAUUUGAGUCCAUACCAGGAGCCUUUAAUGAUUGCUUGGUGCCACGUGAUAAGAGCGACGAUACAAAGAAAAAGGGAUUUAAGGCGACCUUCUCUCGCAAGUUUGAUCGGCUCCCAACUAGUAAAGACAAGGACUCAGCGCGGUUUGCUCAGAUGUGGAACAAAAUAAUCAGUAGUUUCCGAGAAGAGGAUUUGAUUAGUGACAGAGAAAUGGAACUUUUGCUUGUGCCGUAUUGGUCUGACCCUGAUUUGGAUCUUAUACGGUGGCCACCUUUUCUACUGGCUAGUAAGAUCCCAAUAGCUUUGGAUAUGGCUAAAGACAGCAAUGGAAAAGACGGUGAACUGAAAAAGAGAUUGACUGUGGACAGCUACAUGACUUGUGCAGUUAGAGAGUGCUACGCCUCUUUUAAGAAUCUCAUUAAUUAUUUGGUUAUGGGAGAAAGAGAAAGACAGGUCAUAAACGAAAUUUUCUCCAAGAUUGAUGUGCAUAUCGAGAACGAAACACUGAUAACAGAACUGAACCUGAGUGCUCUUCCUGAUCUCUAUGGCCAGUUUGUUCGACUAAUCGAAUAUUUGCUAGAAAACAAAGAGGAGGACAAGGAUCAAAUUGUAAUUGUCUUGCUGAACAUGUUGGAAGUGGUGACUAGAGACAUAAUGGAAGAAGAAGUUCCAAGCUUACUAGAGACUGCCCCCAAUGGAUCUUAUGUCAAGUACGACGUCAUGACCCCUCUUCAUCAACAACGCAAAUAUUUCAGCCAACUUCAAUUCCCAGUCUACUCUCAAAAAGAAGCCUGGAAAGAAAAAGCAAAUCAAGAGGCUUCAUCUUUUGCUUACUGUCAAGGAGUCAGCUAUGGAUGUUCCGUCAAACUUGGAAGCUCGAAGGCGUCUUACUUUCUUUUCAAAUUCAUUAUUCAUGGACAUGCCUCCCGCACCCAAGAUCCGCAACAUGCUUUCCUUCUCUUUCAUAUUUCCUACAAGCAGGUCCUAACACCAUACUUUUCAGAGGAUGUUCUUUUCUCCAUAUAUGGCUUAGAACAGCAAAAUGAGGAUGGAGUCUCUAUACUUUUCUACUUGCAGAAGAUCUUCCCAGACGAAUGGACGAACUUUCUGGAACGAGUUAAAUGUGGCAGCGAAGAAGAACUAAGAGCAAGAGAGGAUUUGGAAGAGGAGCUUCGUCUAUGGGCAUCUUACAGAGGCCAAACUCUAACCAAAACCGUGCGAGGCAUGAUGUAUUACCGAAAGGCUUUGGAACUUCAGGCCUUCCUUGACAUGGCGAAGGAUGAAGAAUUACUGAAAGGCUACAAGGCUCUCGAGUUAACCAGUGAAGAAGCAUCAAAGAGCGGAGGGUCACUCUGGGCACAGUGUCAAGCACUUGCGGACAUGAAAUUCACCUUCGUGGUUUCUUGCCAACAAUACAGUAUUCAUAAGAGAUCUGGUGACCAACGUGCUAAAGACAUAUUGAGACUUAUGACAACGUAUCCUUCUAUUCGUGUUGCCUAUAUUGAUGAGGUCGAGCAAACACAUAAAGAGAGUAAUAAGGGGAUAGAGGAAAAGAUUUAUUACUCAGCUCUUGUUAAAGCUGCUCCUCAGACCAAACCAAUGGAUUCUUCUGAAUCUGUUCAAACACUAGAUCAGCUCAUUUAUCGGAUUAAGCUUCCCGGACCGGCUAUACUCGGAGAGGGAAAGCCGGAAAAUCAGAACCAUGCUAUCAUCUUUACACGCGGAGAAGGGUUGCAGACAAUAGACAUGAACCAGGAUAACUACAUGGAAGAAGCUUUCAAAAUGAGGAACUUGCUGCAAGAGUUUCUUGUAAAGCAUGGAGGCGUAAGAUGUCCAACGAUUCUUGGUCUUAGAGAGCAUAUUUUCACUGGAAGUGUGUCUUCUCUUGCAUGGUUUAUGUCAAAUCAGGAGAACAGCUUUGUAACGAUUGGGCAAAGGGUGUUAGCUAGUCCUUUGAAAGUACGAUUCCAUUACGGUCAUCCAGAUAUCUUUGAUCGUCUAUUUCACCUGACCAGAGGCGGUAUCUGCAAAGCUUCUAAAGUCAUCAAUCUCAGUGAAGACAUAUUUGCAGGUUUCAACUCUACUCUGCGUGAAGGAAACGUAACUCAUCAUGAAUAUAUACAAGUUGGUAAAGGGAGAGAUGUGGGACUCAACCAGAUCUCAAUGUUUGAGGCAAAAAUCGCCAAUGGAAAUGGUGAGCAAACUUUGAGUCGCGACUUGUACAGACUCGGACACCGAUUUGAUUUCUUCCGGAUGCUGUCUUGUUAUUUCACCACAAUUGGGUUCUAUUUCAGUACCAUGUUAACUGUCCUUACGGUGUAUGUGUUUCUCUAUGGACGGCUAUAUCUAGUACUUAGUGGACUUGAAGAAGGAUUGAGCAACCAAAGAGCUUUUCGUAACAACAAGCCUCUUGAGGCAGCUCUUGCUUCUCAAUCCUUUGUGCAGAUUGGUUUUCUCAUGGCUCUGCCCAUGAUGAUGGAGAUUGGACUUGAAAGAGGGUUUCAUAACGCGUUGAUUGAGUUUGUGCUGAUGCAGUUACAACUUGCUUCUGUUUUCUUCACGUUUCAACUCGGCACAAAAACACAUUAUUACGGAAGGACGCUGUUUCACGGAGGCGCAGAGUACAGAGGAACAGGUCGAGGGUUCGUGGUGUUCCAUGCGAAAUUUGCUGAGAACUAUAGGUUCUAUUCCCGAAGUCACUUCGUGAAGGGCAUUGAGCUUAUGAUUCUCCUACUCGUGUACCAGCUAUUUGGCCAAUCAUAUAGGGGUGUGGUUACUUAUAUUCUGAUCACUGUCUCGAUAUGGUUCAUGGUGGUGACAUGGCUGUUUGCUCCCUUCUUGUUCAACCCGUCUGGUUUCGAGUGGCAAAAGAUCGUUGAUGACUGGACAGACUGGAACAAAUGGAUAUACAACAGAGGAGGAAUCGGUGUUCCACCUGAGAAAAGUUGGGAGUCUUGGUGGGAGAAAGAGUUAGAGCAUCUUCGACACUCGGGGUUCCGUGGUAUCAUCCUUGAGAUUUUCUUGGCAUUGCGCUUCUUCAUAUUUCAGUAUGGACUUGUUUAUCACCUCAGUACCUUCAAAGGGAAAAAUCAAAGCGUUUGGGUUUAUGGAGCUUCAUGGUUUGUGAUCUUGUUCAUUCUACUCAUUGUGAAGGGUUUGGGCGUGGGAAGGCGAAGAUUCAGCACGAAUUUCCAGCUCCUAUUCAGGAUCAUAAAGGGUCUUGUGUUCCUCACAUUUGUUGGGAUACUCAUAACUUUCCUCGCACUUCCUCUGAUAACAAUCAAAGACUUAUUCAUCUGCAUGCUUGCCUUCAUGCCAACUGGAUGGGGAAUGCUUCUUAUUGCACAAGCGUGUAAGCCUCUGAUCCAACGGCUAGGGAUAUGGUCAUCGGUUAGGACGCUAGCUCGGGGAUAUGAGAUCGUGAUGGGCUUGCUUCUUUUCACGCCGGUUGCGUUCUUGGCUUGGUUUCCCUUUGUGUCUGAGUUCCAGACAAGAAUGCUCUUUAAUCAAGCAUUUAGCAGAGGUCUGCAAAUUUCUCGUAUUCUUGGUGGUCAGAGAAAAGACCGGUCUUCCAAAAACAAAGAGUGAUAUAUAUAACAUAUGUUAAUGUAGCUAUAAUUUCAUGAUUAUCUGUUGAUUGAUUUCCAAGUAAUCUGCAUUAGACACCUUUUAACUUUAAGCAAGCAUUUAGAACGAUCAUAGAGGAAAGUGAGACGUAUCUCUUGACGUCUCAAAGACGAAACUGUGCAUCAUUUGAAAUUUUCUUCUACAUAAGAUAUAUUGUCUUCUCGUCGGCGUCAUAUGAUAACGACGGACUAAUUAUUUGUUUGUUGAUAAUUUUAGUCAUUAUUUGUUUGCGUUUAAUCUAUCUGCAAAAACCAAAACCAACUUUGGAUUUUAUACGAAUGAGGCCCAAGGCAUUUUUAACUUGAGCGUCACCACAAACGUCACAAGUAAUCUGAUUCAGUUUUGCGUGUGUUUUUUAUAUGAAGACGCAACAUGUGCAGACUUCGCCAGGUAACGAAAUCCAAUUGCCCAUCUAUAUUCUACCUACUACAUAUAUAACAGCACAAUAUCCACAUGCAGAGACACAGAUUCUUGUAUUGUUGGACUUGAAAGUUACUUCAGUGGAACAAAACAAACCGAAAUGGCGCCACCGCACUUUCUCCUUGUAACGUUUCCAGCGCAAGGUCACGUGAACCCAUCUCUCCGUUUCGCUCGCCGGCUUAUCAAAACCACCGGCGCGCGUGUCACAUUCGCCACGUGUCUCUCCGUCUUCCACCGCUCUAUGAUUUCUAACCAAAGCGAUCUCAAGAAUCUAUCUUUCCUUACUUUCUCCGACGGCUUCGACGAUGGAGGCAUUUCCACCGCCCAAGACCGUCAGAACCGGUUGGUGAACCUCAAGAUCAACGGCGAUAAAACACUGUCGGACUUCAUCGAAGCUAAUCAGAAUGGUGACUCUCCAGUGACUUGCUUGGUCUACACGAUUCUUCUCAACUGGGCUCCAAAAGUGGCGCGUAAGUUUCAACUUCCCUCUGCUCUUCUCUGGAUCCAACCGGCUUUGGUUUUCGACAUCUAUUACAAUCACUUCAACGGAAACAAAUCCAGUUUCGAGUUCCCCAAUCUUCCCAAACUCGCAAUCCGUGAUCUUCCUUCUUUCCUCACGCCUACAGAUACGAACAAAGGCGCAUACGCAGCGUUUCAAGAACUGAUGGAGUUUCUCAAAGAAGAAUCCAAUCCGAAAAUUCUCGUCAACACAUUCGAUUCGCUGGAGCCAGAGGCCUUAAAAGCUAUCCCGAAUAUCAAAAUGAUUGCAGUUGGUCCUUUGCUUCCUCCAGAUGUUUUCACAGGAAGCGAAUCAGUUAAAGAUCAGAGUAGUUAUAAACUUUGGCUAGACUCGAAAACAGAGUCCUCUGUUAUUUACGUUUCUUUUGGAACAAUGGUUGAGCUUUCGAAGAAACAGAUAGGGGAACUAGCGAGAGCUCUCAUAGAAGCGAAAAGACCCUUCUUGUGGGUCAUAACUGAGAAAUUAAACAGAGAAGCGAAGACACAGGGAGAGGACGAGACAGAGAUUGAGAAGAUCGCCGGUUUCAGACACGAGCUUGAAGAGGUUGGUAUGAUUGUGUCUUGGUGUUCGCAGGUAGAGGUUUUAAGACAUCGAGCCGUAGGUUGUUUUGUGACUCAUUGUGGGUGGAGCUCGACGCUUGAGAGUUUGGUUCUAGGCGUUCCGGUGGUGGCGUUUCCGAUGUGGUCGGAUCAACCGACGAACGCGAAGCUUCUAGAGGAUUCAUGGAGGACAGGUGUGAGGGUGAGAGAGAAGGAGGAAGGUUUAGUGGAGACAGGAGAGAUAAGGCGGUGUUUGGAAGCAGUGAUGGAGGAGAACGCUGCGGAGCUGAGGAAAAACGCAGAGAAGUGGAAGCGUUUAGCGGUUGAAGCGGGUGGAGAAGGAGGGUCUUCGGAUAAGAACUUGGAGGCUUUUGUGGAUGAGAUUUGUGGAGACUCUCUUCAGUGAAGCAGAUGAGAUUGAAGACAAAAAAAAAAAUGAAUGUUUGGAGAAAUCGAACUUGCUCAAUUAGUUGAAAACUAUUUCUAAUCUUGUCACCUUUUCCCUUUGUUUACCACUACCAUUAUAACACAAAAAAUAUCAGGAUUUUACGAUAUUCAAAUGUGAUUUUAUUUUGGCCCACUAUGUUUCUUAAUUCAUGUUGAGAGUUUGUAAAGUCCACUUCCUUCUCUUACUUGCCAUCAACACCAUAUCUCUCCGCGCGGC